AUGGCCCCUACCUCUUCCGCCGCUUUCCUCGAGGCCGUUGCCAACCGCCGCUCGGUCUACACCAUCUCCAACGAGUCCACCGUCUCUGACGAGAAGCUCAAGGAGAUCCUCACCACCACCCUCGAGGAGACCCCCUCCACCUUCGGCUCCUUCACCACCCGUCUAGUCUUGCUCGUCAAGAAGGACCACGAGAAGCUUUGGGACAUCACUGCUGAGGUCUUGAAGGCCAUCGUCCCCGCUGAGGGCUGGGAGGCCACCAAGACCAAGAUUGACAGCUUCAAGGCUGGUUACGGAACCGUCCUCUUCUACGAAGACCCUGAGAACACCAAGGCUCUCCAGAGCAAGUUCGCCAUCUACGCCGACCGAUUCCCGGAAUGGUCCGCACACACCUCCGCCAUGCACCAAUACAUCGUCUGGACUGCUCUCGAGGCUGAGGGUCUUGGUGCCAGCCUCCAGCACUACAACCCCCUCAUCGACGCCAAGGUCUCCGCCGAGUGGGGCAUCCCCCUCGAAUGGUCCCUCAUCGCCAUGUUGCCCUUCGGAAAGCCGACCGCGCCCGCUGGCCCCAAGCCUACCGGCAUGAAGAAGCCCAUCGAGGAGCGCCUCAAGGUCUUCGGUGCUUAA